UGCAUCUCGUUGUGUCCGUCGGACGUAGAUAGGCUUCUAGGUUCGCAAUCAUGGUUUGUUCUUAGUUAGGCUUUUAGGGUUUCAGUCAUGUGUUGUGGCUGUCCUAUUGAUUCCUCUUCAUUUACUUAUUCAACGAUGGGUACUAACGCGACGAAUACGGGUUCUACUGCGUCUAUUUACGAGAACGAGGAUUUUAGCUUGCUGGAGUUAGCCGCGAGCAACGACAUAGAUGCCUUCAGACGAGGCGUAGAAAUCUUACGUAAGUCAUUGACUGAAUGCGAGUCAUGGUACUGCCGUCAGAAUGGGUCCACCAGAAUGGCUCUCGCUCAGAGAACCCCCACCAUGAUAGCAUGCCUAUUUGGCAGCCUGGAUAUUUUAUCUUAUAUUUUUAUUGAAGGACGGAGCCACGCUAUAGAGUGUAGCAUUAACCAGGCGAGUCCGUCUGACGGUAGCACGGCUCUCCAUUGUGCAGCGCUGGGUGGAAGCCCGAGAGCAGUAGAGGUGGUUUCCCUCCUCCUCCGUCACGGCGCCGACAAAGAUGCCGUUGACCGUGACGGAAAACGUCCAGUCGACGUCAUCUCCGUCUCACCGAAGCUCCCUCACGUUAAGUCCGCGCUGGAGCGGCUCCUCAAAUCCUCCACAUGCUCCGGUCCGGACCCGAUUUAUCACCGUCCAUCUCCGUUCAUCAUCGUCCAAUCAACGGCGUCCACGUCACCGCCGUUCGAGUCUCCGUCAUCUCCUAACUCCCACUCUGCAUCGCCUAACAUCCUCUCACCAGCAACCUCCAGCAGCAGCGAUCUAUCCUCAGGAUCCACCGGCCUAGACGUACUCCCUCCGACCACUCCGUCUACUGGCGCGGGUGUGGUCGAUUCCUCCAUGACUGAUAUGAAAAGCAGCGUGUAUGCAUCAGACGAGUUUCGGAUCUACAGCUUUAAGAUUCGACCGUGCUCAAGGGCGUACAGCCAUGACUGGACCGAGUGCCCGUUCGUGCACCCGGGGGAGAACGCCCGGCGGAGAGACCCGCGGAAAUUUCACUACAGCUGCGUGCCGUGCCCGGAUUUCCGGAAGGGAUCGUGCAGGCGAGGGGAUUCGUGCGAGUAUGCGCAUGGCGUGUUUGAGUGCUGGCUGCACCCCGCGCAGUACCGAACCAGGCUCUGCAAGGACGGCACCAGCUGCUCCCGCCGCGUGUGCUUCUUCGCGCAUACCUCAGAGGAGCUCCGCCCCUUGCAGAGCCCCGCCACGGGUUCAACUUCCGCCAACAUGUUCGCGCACUCCCCCGCGGACAUGCGCGCAGUUACCGCCUCCGCGGACCUCCCCCCGCCCUCCCCCUCCUCCGUCCGCAUGCUGUCUCAGUUUGCGCCGCACAGCGCGAGCAACUCCUCCCCCACCACCCCCAUUUCCCCCGCCGUCGCCUCGUUUUCCGCCGCCGGGAAUUGCGUGUCGGGGGGGAAUCAGUCCGCGGGCGCGGGGGGAGGCGGAGGGAUGGGGGGAGGCGUGGGGGCGCACGGGGGAGCUCCGCAGCUGAAUUUGUCGUCGGGGGUGAAUCUGAUGCGCCUCCGCGCGGCGCUAAACGCGCGCGAGUUGACGAUUCCGGAGGAGACUGAAGAGGCGCUAGAGGCGCUGGAGGCGUCCUUGCAGCAGGAGCAGCAGCAGCAGCAACAGCAGCAGAACUCCCCUCUUUCUCGAGGGACGCUGCAGCAGCGGCAGCAACAGCAUCAACAGCAUCAACAGCAGCAGCAGCAGCAGCAACAACAGCAACAGCAGCGCUGGCAGCAGCAGCAGCAGCAGCAGCAACAACAACAGGAGCAGAUGGCUCAGCAGCAGCAGCAGCCAAGGUAUUGGAACCAGCAGCAACACCAGCAGCAGCAUCAGAAGGUGCAGCAGCGGCAGCAGCAGCUGCAGCACCACUCCCCUCCGCAGCACAUACUCCAAGACCACCUCGAGUCCAUAGCAAGGGCUGACCUGGGCGCAGCACGUAUGACCGCAGAGCUUGGCGAAAUGUCCCUCAACCGGCCCAUGGGCAUUAACUACCAGCUGCAGGACACCCCGUCCCCCGGCCCUGGUAGAGGCGGCGGUCAGCAGCUGUUCAGUCCCCUGCGACCAGACGUCAUUAGUGGGGAUAUGGGCAGCGUGGGGGGUGGUGUUGGGGGUAUGGGGAGUGGCGGUAUGGGUAUGGGGAGUGUGGGUGGCGGAGGGGUGGGCAGUGGCAGUGUAGCAAAUGUUGGCAUGGGCAGUAUUCCGUCCAGUCCAGGGCGAAUAGGCAUGACUCUCUCAGGGGACGCCCCUCGCCUGGGCCCUCUUAGCGGUUCCUCCAGCCCCUCGCUUGCUGCUGCUAGAGGCUAUGGCGGCGCUGGUAGCGACGCUGGUAUGGGGAUGCCUGAUGGGGGAAUGUUUGCUCCCCUGCCGUCGCCGAGCCAGUCUCCGAGGUAUGGCGCCGGGCCUGGCGCCGGGCCUGCUAGCAUGUUUCGGGACGGUUCGGUUGGGAGGGCAGAGCAAUUGAUCAGACAACUGCAGCAGCAGCAGCAGCAGCAGCAGCACCAGCAGCAGCAGCACCAGCAGCAGCAGCACCAGCAGCAGCAGUUCAGGAGUGAGAGCGAACGGCCGUAUGCACUCUCGUCCUCCCCCCAACCCCAGCCGAAUCUAGAGUCGGCGUAUUUAGGCCACAUGGAGGGCCGUGGGUUCCCGCCCAUGUCCCCAUCUCAGGCCGUGGUGUCUCAAUUCCGCAUGAACAGUGGCCUUCGUCAGCAGUUGCAGCAGCAGCAGAACCAGCAGCAGCAGCCCCUGCAAUAUCAGCAGCAGCAGCAGCAGCAGCAGCAGCAGCAGCAGCAGCAGCAGUCAGGGAAUCCCCUCACCAGCACUCCCACUGCCUCCUCCUCCCAUCACGCCGUGUGGGGCUCCCCCUCAGGCCUCCCCAACUGGCAGUCAGUGCACUCUAUCCCCACAUAUGAGCCCCGCAUGCUGCCAGCCCAGCCAGACAUGCCCUCUCAGCAGGGGAUCGGGCUUCCUAAGGCAGCAGGGAAUAACUUUAUAGGGGGGACAGGGAGGGAGGAGGUGCAGGAGACGGAUGUGGGGUGGGUGCAGAGCCUAGUCAGGGAUGGAGGUGGGGCUGGGGGUGCUGGGGCCAUGGGGCAGGCAGCAGGUGGGGCUGCUAGGGGAUGGAACUGAGGGUGUGCCAAAGGAUGGGACUGAGAUUCUGAGGGGAGGGAGGAGGUGCAGGAGACGGAUGAGGGGUGGGUGCAGAGCUUAGUCAGGGAUGGGGUGGUGCUGGGGCUGCUGGGGAGUAUGGGGCGGGCACCAGUUGCCAGGGUAUGGAACUGAGGUGAUUUUGAGUCGACUUAAAGCUCACCUCGGAUGUGGGGUGGGUGCAGAGCCUAGUCCGGGAUGGGGGUGGGGAUGUUGAAGCUGGGAGUAUGGGGCAGGCGCCAGGCGGGGUUUGUAGGGGAUGGUACAAUCAUUUGGCAGAGAAAGGGAGUGAGAGUCUAAGGGGUGGGAGGAGGUGCAGGAGACGGAUGUGGGGUGGGUGCAUAGCCUUGUCAGGGAUGGGGGUGGGGCUGCUGGAGCCGGGGGUUUGGGGAUGGCACUGAUUGUUUGCCCGAGUGAGAGUCUAAGGAGUGGGAGGAGGUGCAGGAGACGGGUCUGCGGUGGGUGCAGAGCCUAGUCAGAGAUGGGCAUGGGGCUGCUGGGAGCAUGGGGCAAUUACCGGGUGGGGCUGCUGGCUUUGGCCAGGCACCAGGUGGGGCUGCCUGCCAGGGGAUGGAGCUGAAGGGUUGCUGGCAGAUGGGUGUGAGGGUUUGGCAGCGAAUGGCGCUGAGAGUUUUGAUGGGUUUGGCUCGGGAUGGAUGAAACUGGGGGGUGGACGGUUUUGGCAGUGUGCCUUGCUUCUGAGAUGCAGGGGUGGCAAUGCUCGGACAGUGGUAAGGGGCGAAGAAGGUUUUUUCAGUGACUACAUUGUCAUAUCGAUGCAGCCAGCUUUUUGUGUGCAGGCGUGAGGCUGAUUCGUCCACAGGCUUGCCUGCAGAACUAUUCUAUUGCCAGCGGCAUCCAGCUGUCGGCCUAGUAUUUGUUUUCGUCUUGCUCUUUUAGGACUUGCUGAUAUUUGUAUUUGCCUCCAUUUGAUUUUAUAUUUGUUGUUGGACUGAGC